AUGGUAAAUAAAUUUGACGUCGGUCUUCGUGGAGCACUUUUUGAAUUUUUGAUCCAUCACCAGAACAAGCCAGAAGGUUAUAUCCAAGAGUUUUAUCAGGAUAGAAAGAACCUUCGAAUUGUUUGUAUGACUAUCCAACAGGCAGAGUACCUCGCAAAAGCGAAGUUCUUUGCCUGUGAUAUGACCUUUAAACGGGUCACAGGAUCUAUUCGUGAGAUUAUUCUGACCACAGAAUGUCCCCACAUCGGAAAGAAUGCAAUCCUUUGCCGAGUCUUCGUCAAUUCUGAUUCUGCAGAAUGUUAUUACCAAACAUUCACAUCAAUUUUUCGGAUUGCGUCACGUUUAGCAAAACAGCCAAUCCAUUGGAAGUACAUUCACAACACUGGCAUUGAGGCUGUGUUAGUGGAUAUGUGCAAUAAACAAGCAGCAGGUCUAGGCCGAUUUCUAUGUGAUACUGAUACCACUCACCAAUUUGGUGACUGGCGACACCAGUUAUUACAUGUGAUUAUCAUUUGCAAAGUUUAUUUCCAACGAUCUAUCAAGAAAUUUGAUACUUGGCCUGAGUACGGAUUACUAGUGGAUUUGCCAAAACUCUCCACCAAUGAAGCCUAUCAACUGCUAGCAACUUGCAGUAGCAGUCCAAAACCGGGACUUGCACCAUGGGCGCGGCACAAAAGAUCCAAAUGGAUUCUUGGCGGGUUGAAUAUGAAUUUAUCGAAUAUGCCAAAAACACGAUACAGACAAUAUCCCCAGACGACGAACAGUUGUGAAGCUCUGCAUGCGAGUAUACAUCGCGUUACAGGCAUCAAUUUAUCACUCCGUGAGGGUAUUAUGAGUGCCGAAUCGUUCGAUAGACAAUUGUUCUCUGAUCUACAAGCAUACCUUACCUCAGGUAUACGGCCGACAUCUCGAUAUUCAACAUCAACCCCCAAGCGACAAGCCCAAUAUAGAGCUUCAGAAACUACACCUGUGCCCAAACGUGGACCAGGUCGCCCACCCAAGACACCACAACCACGUUCGAAUACUGGAUCUCUCCAAACAGAAACUACACUUGUGUCCACACGCAGACCAGCUCACCCACCCAAGACACCACAACCACGUUCGAAUACUGGAUCUCUCCAAACAGAAACUACACUUGUGUCCACACGCAGACCAGCUCACCCACCCAAAACCAAAACCUCUCUAAAACCGCAAUAUUCUCAACAAUCUGAAGAUUUAUCUGAUGACUCUACUGGAGAUUCCCAAUCUCUAUCAAUCCCAUCGGAUAGACCAUAUCUACGAACCCGCAGAAGAUCUUUCCAAACACCACCAAGAGUCACUUCUACUUCUAGUCGAUAUGACUCUGAAACAUCAAAUACUCUCCAGGCAGAUACUUCAUUCUCGGUUCCUGAUUUAUCACCAAUCAUCCCUACAUUAGUCCCAUCAGAUGAUUGUUAUUACAACCCCACUACCCCGACAUCAUACACGAACUAUCAUCGACCUCACUGA